UGUUAUUGCUACUGUCUGAAUCUGUGUGUUUUCAUGGAAUGAGCUGUCAGUAUACUGCAUCGUAGAGUCCAGCACUGAAUGGUGAGAUUACCGAAUGUACAUUAGGACAGAGAUGGAUGCGGUUACACGAUUUGUGGGAAAUAUACAAUAAAUACAGGUGAGUGGCCAGCUAGCCUUGUGUUGCCAUGGAUGCCUGUGCCCGUAUCCGAGGGGUCCCACUUAGGACCCGAGCCUCCAUCAGAAAGGAGACAGUACGUGAUAAUGGGGCACAGAGUUUGAAGAGCCUACUGAGGAACAAAAAAGAACUGUGCAGCGUAGGCCUAGAGUUGCAAUCCAGAGAUGCUACACGAUUGACAGAGAUCCAUUUUGUAUGUCUACCUGGUCAUUCCGAAGGAGACGACUUCAAUCUGCAGUCUCUGGCCUGUCUGCCUGGAGAACUGAGCGAGCUGUUGAGGUCGGUCCACGUGCACAGCCUGAGGCCCGACGAAGUUCUGCUGCUGAAGGACUCCCGCAGACCCCCGGACCGGACGGACCCGGUGACACAGCAGUGCUGGCUUAGGACAGUGUGUGUGCUGCGGCACAGCGCCAGCCCCCAGCAGCAGGUGAGUGUGGGGGCCAUAGUGGGCCUGCUGGGUCGCUAUGCUGCGGGGGUCCGCUAUGCCCUGGAGCUGCAGGCCCUGCACAAGGGCUCAUCGGAGCCCAGCCAGCCGGAGGAGAAUGACAUUAACCAGUCUGUGUCGUCCAUCGAGGAUGACUUUGUCACCGCUCUGGAGCACCUGGAGGAGGAAGACACCGGAGAGCACACUUCUGGUGCUUCAUAUUACCAUGGGAACCAGCGUGACGUGGCUUCACAGACCGUCCCAGCCCACAGGAGACGCAAGGACCUAUCAGGCUCCAGCGUCAUAGUGAGCUCCUCCUCCAAGAAGUCGUCAGCCAAACACAGAUCCGCUCCAGAGGUGUCCGUCACUGUCCAGCGUUUGUCGGGCGUCGAAUCCCAGUGGUCGCUGUACAGCCAUAGAGCCCGCCUCCCUUCUCCUUCUGCCCCUCUCAGCGAAUCCGAGGAGUCCGACGGCUCUAGCCCCAGUCCAAUCAUUUUCCUGGAUGAGGUAGGCUACCAGAAGAGUCUCCGUGCCAAGCUGGACAUCCCUCAGGUCCCCGGGGGCCCCAGGGAAAGAGUGGAAGACUCGGACUCGGAGGUCAGUGAGUUCUUCGACAGCUUCGACCAGUUUGACGACGUGGAGGAGCUGAGCUCCGACAGCUGCACUCUCACUUUACCCCUGGACCCCACCACCAGCAGCGGGGCUGCCGUGCCGUCAACUAAGAAGAAGUUCUCCGACGCUGGCGCCAGUGUGUCUGGCUCCAAGUACGCGUCGGGCGGCUGUUCUAACAAGACCAUGAACCCCCACCGCUUCGAUCACCCCACACUUCCUGCCAAUGUGAAAAAGCCCACCCCGCUGAAGCCAGGUUCGCCCUACUCCCCCCAUCCCGAGGUGCCGGACUCACCCAGGCCCGCCCGGACCUCCAACGAGGAGACUGGCGGUCCUCUAUUCAGCCCUGUGAGUUCCUCAGCCUUCAGCCCGCUGGGUGAUUCUGGGGGAGCCCUCGAGUACUUCUGGAAGACCGAGGGGGAAGCUGAAGACAUCUCUGAGCUUCCCAAGCCCCAGGACCUUUGCUCCAUGUACAAGACCUACUCGGACUUUGCCAGCAGCUUGUCUAAGGAGAUUCUUGGCUCGGUAUGUGGCUACCAGUCCCCCGUCAGCAUCAACGACAACAAGAACCUGAGCUGCGUCUGCCACAAGGAGUUCCAGAACUCGUCGGGCCACCUGAUGAAACUCUCCGAGAUCCAGGAGACGGUGACCGUCGCCAGGCUGCAGCAGACGUCCCAGUCGCUGAAAGACGGCAUUCAGAGGUUUGCGACGGACCUGGUGGAGAUGAGCUUGGGCAGCGCGCUGAGGGACCUGCAGAAGGGCGUGUCCUCCUGCACGACUACCCUCUGCCACUUGGCGGCCAGGCUCACCUCUUCAGUCUUCCAGGUGGCCUUCCACGAGAUCGGCAUGCGCCACGCGUACGUGCUGAAGGAGCGCGCCGUCAACGGCCUGGCCGGCUUCCUGGUGGGCGAGGCGGUGUCGGGCGCCCUGAAGGACUUCCUGUCGGUGAAGAAGCAGAUGUUCAACAGCACCGUGACGCGCUUCGCCGCCGACCUCGCCGAGGAGCUGGUGUUCGAGGGGAUGAUGGAGGUGUGCCAGUUCUCCCACCCCUCCACCCCCCUCACCCCCAGCGACGGGUCCUUCGGCCAGGAGGAGGACGAGGAGGUGGUGACGUCCUACGCGUCCGACCUGUCCGAGUCCGUCCUCCAGGAGGCCUUCAUCGAGCUCUCGCAGACGGACGUAGCCUUCACCACCCAGGCUGCCAUCAGCGUCUCUCUGGAUAACAUUUGCUACGUGAGCUCGGAGGACAACUCCACCACCACUCACAGUUGCGCCACCACCGCCACUGGACCCCAGGCUUUCCAAGAUACCCUCGUUGAAUCUAGCCCUGGCACCUCGGGGGAGGACGGCUGCACGGUCAAGAAGGCUCUCUUCACAGUGUCGGGCAUGGCUAGCUGCGUUCCCGUGCCACAGGCUGGCCAGGUUCUCUCCAGCCUCCAGGGCUCGGAGGAGACAUGCCAGCGGAAGUCCAGCGUGGCCCACACCUCCCAGACCAGCCCCAGGAGGAGCUGCUGCUCCCAGGGACGGACGGUGACCACGUCCUCUUCCGACACAACCACAGCCACCCAGACGGACCUGCAGCCGGCUGUAGCUCACCUCGCCGGGUCCGCCAGCGAGGGCCUCGUGGCUGGCUCUGGAGCAGAGCCUUCCCUGGGGAAGACCCCCUUCCACAACUUUUCUGGCAACAUGGUGGAUAUGAUAGUUAGCGAGGCCUGUGAGCUGAUAACAGCCACUACGAAAGUGAAAAAGAGAGUGGAGGACUGUGCGGACUUCCUCAGCAAGACCAUAGGAAGCAAAGGUCCCUCGCCUGCAGAAGCUUCUUCUCAGGGCUCAGCCAGUGACAGUGGGAGGGAGCGCUGCAGACCCGAAGAUGAUGGCAAAGACUCGGUGUGUGAUGAAAGUGUUACUGUCAGUAGUGAGUCAGGCUCCAGGCUUCCUCACCCUCAGCCGUUCUCGGAGACACGCCAAGUGAUGAUGAAGGACACGUUGAACGUACCCGGGACGGAAAUUGGAGGCAGGGGCGGGAGGAAGAUGUCCGCUGGUGACGACGUGAGCCUCAGCCCUGGAAGAAAGUGUAACGGAACGCCGGGUACUCCCCCCUCCACCCCACAGCAGCCCAGCGAGGUUUCCCAGGAGAAGCAGAUCAAGCAGUUCUCCAAAAAACUGAAGGGAAAGCUGGCCAAGGAGUUCUCGCCUGCCACGCCCCCUUCCACCCCCCACGACCAGCCAGAGCCUAGCCAUGGGCCCAAGGACCCCGCCUCCGAGACCGAAAAAGCGGACUUCAUGCUCAGACUGAUGAGGUCUCUGUCCGAGGAGGCCGAGGGCAACGAGGAGGAGGAGGAAGACGAAGACGCUGAGGCCAGAGGUCGUGCCGAGAAGUCCGAGCUCCACUGUUUGUCAAAGUCAACUCGCAAGGUGUCCAACAAGGAGGCCAUCCACUACGCCGAGCGCCUGGCUUGCCAUAUCGUCUCCAUGGCCACGGAGAUGGACGCCCUCGGUGGGAUGGAGGACGGUGGGAGGAGAAUGGAGGAGGACAGGAGGGACAGCGUGGCCCAGUUCUCCGAGAGGACUCUGAAUACCCUGUGGGUGUACGCCGGCGAGGUCGCCGGAGAGGUGAUCAGCGAUGUGAAGAGGAUGGUGGGGUCGGGACAUUGCCACCCACGAGCGACCAGACAAGGCAAGGAAAGGCCCGAAUGUCUCCAGCACCGCCACUCCCACCCCAGUGAGCCCAGCCGAGACAGCAGGGCGGGCUUGCUCGCUGAGCAGUGGUCCACGGACCUCCUCGCCUCAGUCCUCCAUCCAGCAUCUUCCUCCACCUCAUCCUCAGUGCCCAGCCCAUGGUCUAGCUCCGGCCUGUCCUCCGAGUACCCCAGCUGUGAGAGCGUGACGGACGAGUAUGCUGGCUACCUCAUCCGGGUCCUAAAGAAGGAGGGGGGCAGCAGGGAGCUGGUGCUAGACCAGUACGCCAGCCGCCUGGCCUACCGCUCCAUCAAGCUGGGCCUGGCCCAUGCUGCCCGCAAGACGAAGCAGAGACCCUCCACCUCCAGGCUCCACUCGGCCCCCAGGAGAGCCCCCAGCACCGAGCCAUGCUCGCCCAGGGACCGAGCCGGCAGAGGGGCGUCCCCUUCUUCGGACGAAGCCAUCCAGUGCGCGUGUCGGGACUCGGAAGACUACAUGGAGAUGGUGAACUUUGCAGAGUCUCUGGCGUACGACAUCACUUGCGAUGUCGCUCGCAAGCUCCGCCUGUCGAGCGCGCGUCUGCCCAAGUCCCUGACCGACUCCUGUCUGUAUAAGAAGUCGAAACUAGAAGACAUGACGGAAAACCUGAUCAGGAACUCCUUCUCCUGCCCUCUGCUGGCCGAGGAGGGGAAGAGCAGGCAGUACCACAGCACGGACAGCCUGUACGACGGAGGCUACAGUAGUGGAGUUAUGCAGGUAAUCGAACACUAUGCCAGGAAGAUAGUUGAUGACACCCUGGAGAUCACCCUGGCCUCUGCAGGGCGCCCAGCUGGGGAGUUCCACAGGGCCCAGGCCCAGGACAGGCACUCCCACACCCAGAGGCUGUCGGAGGGAGCAGGGCUAAACAGGUCUUUCGGGGAGAUGGAGUGUCCAUUCUGCAACAGACCCAGCAGCAGACUCCUUCCCCAGCCAGGCCAGAGGAGAAGGAGGCAGGAGUGUGAGGGUGGGUCAGACCGGCUUUGCGGGCUGGACAUCCCCAAGAUCUACAUCGACCUUGAUCGUAGGGCAGCCUUCGCAGAAGAGAUGGUGUCUACAGCCAUGGAGACCGCCAAGAGGGAGCUAAGCAACACCAGCCUGAAUGCUGACAGCGGUAUAGGACAUGACGGAGCAAGUUUCGCUGAGAGCCUCACUGCUGAGAUCAUGACCUCAGCACUGUCCAAUGCCUGCCAGACCGUUAACCUCAGUGGUCCAGGUAGGGAGGCCACAGAGUCGACGGUGUCCCAGCAGCUGAGCCUGAGCGUGGGGGACGACAGCCUGGGCAGCUGGUCCAACCUCAGCUUUGAGGAUGAGCACCCAGACGAGAGCAGCAGCUUUCUGCACCUCAGUGACAGCAAUGGGAACAGCAGUAGCUGGAGCAGCCUGGGGCUGGAGGGGGAGGUGUGUGAGGAGCACCUGUCCUUCUCCCCCUCUGACAGUGACUGCACUGAAGAUAAGGAGACUGAAGUCAAGGACGAGCCCUGCGUGCGUGUGGACAGGGGCCCGUCCCAGCCUCACAGAGCCCUCCUCAUGGUGAACUCUGAAGUCAGGGAGGCCAACCUGGACUUCCAACCCCCGACCUUCGACCCCCAGCUCCGGAGCAUGCUCCAGUGGGCAGCGGCCUCCAUGGCUGAUCUGCCCCUGGUGCAGCUGGGUCCUAGUGCUGACAAGGAGCUACAACAGCUGCCAGCUGUGGUCCAGAGGCUGUGUGAGAAAGAGUGGAGGGUGGGAGAGCUGCUCCAAGCUCUGCUGCGCUACUGUGAAGAAGCCCAGGCUCCGGGCCAGUCCGAUCCCAGGGAGGAGCCACCCCAGGCGGGCAGAGGACCCCGCCACACGCCCCUCUUUCAGUGGCUCCUGGAGAACGCCUAGGCUGGCUGCCCCUUAACUCCUCCUCUCCCCAGCCCCCCCCCCCCCCCCCCCCCCCAGCCCCCUAACCUUCUCUCCCUAAGCUGCUUCUUGUGUAUCUGUGAACCCUGCCUCCCAGUGACCUCUCUUACGGAGGCCUCUCCCCGCUGCAGUCAUGUGCAGAGCCAGCACAGCUGCCAACCCCAUCGCCUUGUACUGUGGAGCGUAUGAAUCGUCCCCUGCAGGGAUUUGCCCAAUCCGCCAGCUAGGGGGCGCCAUAUUCACUGCAUCACUUGCCACCUAAACCCACCAAGCGCGUGUGUGUCUUGCAUGCCGUGACAUCUGCAUUUUUUUUUUUCUCUCGUUUUGUUGCUGUAUGGUUUUGUUAGGCUGCAUAUCACAUGCUGAUUAGCGAGCGGCCAUUUACACCCUUCCUGCCUUUGUGUUAAACCCGCACACCCUUCCCUUUUUAAUGGAGAGAGAGACAGAGAGAGGGAGAGGGAGAGAACCCCUGACCUUGUUACAGUCAUAGACAGACAGAAGACCUGUCCAUAAUCAAUGACGGAGAGAGACAAAGAGAGAGAGACAGAGAGAAAGACAGAGAUAAUAGUAAAAGAAUGUGUAUUUUUCUGUUUGGGAAUCCCCAUGGCCGCUGACUGGGUGAUGUCACCCACCCAUAGUUCACCUCUGUGGUGGUGUUUCCACAUGUUUUGGGACCAAACAAAUCCACACACUUUUCUGCCCCACCUGCCAUUAUCAACACUGGAAGGAAUUUGCACGCGUUCAUAGUCACAUAAACCUUUCAAGCCUGGCCAAUUAUAUGUCUUUUAUAUAAUAGCGUAUUAAUCUAACAGCAAUCAUACGUCAGUCUUGAUUUCCCCAAAACGGUGUUGGCCCUCUGGCUUGGGAUACGUAUGUGUUCUUCACCCAAGUUUCAAACAAGAUCCAUGUGUUGCAGGCCUGGUGAUACUCGCCACCUUUGCAAUCAAGCUCGCCUCAAGGGAUUUUCCUGCUUAGAUUUAAGUCUCAAGGAAAUAGAGUAUUUCCUAGUUGAGGAGAGAAUUGUUCAAAAAAACUUCCUGUGUAGGUAUUAUUCUAACAGUCGACAUGUUGACUGCAAAUCACUCAUUUGUACUCUAACUACAGAUUAUAUCAUUCAAAUAUAGACAAUGCAUCUGCCAGUAGUAAUUUGUAUGCCUGAUUUGCUACUAAGAGAUUUUAUAUGUUUUUAAAGUUGCCUAAAUCUAACAUGUGAAGCUGCUCAACGACGUGAAGGACGCCUUGUUAUUAGUAGACUGCAUUGCCAAAUCGAGUGCACCUAGGAUGACAUGAGUCAUCCAAGCAUGUGUCGCCCCAGUCUGGAAGGCCCAGUACCAUGUGUGGGCUAGCAGGGGUGAUCUGGAGCUAGGGCUCUUAUCCUCUGACUGUUGGGAAGAUCCCGCGACCACAGAUAGACCAGCCCUUAAUGAGAGACACUUCCUCCUGGUUGCACCUCCAGACCACAGCUGGCAGCAUGUGUGUAGCUCAGCACCAGCAUUGCACACCGACACGCCCCCUUCCACAAGUCUGACCACAACUUGCGCACACACCGCUCAUACGUAAGGCUUACCCCCCUCCAAUGUAAUUUCACAACACAAAUGCACACCCUGUUAUUCACCAUAGUCACCAGCUCUAAUGCGGCCCUACGUGCACUCCUAGAGGAAUGCUUUGUAAUGAGGGGACCACACGGGAUGAGUGGUCGAACCGUUAGUCUCUGACUGGACCAGUAUUCUGUCAGUUAGUGUUGCCAACCCGGAACCAAAUGUUUGGUCCGUUUACCACAACCCCUUAGUAUGAGUUAUUGAUGAAACGAACCGGUCAGUGAGACAUUUCCCGUGUUUGAGGGCUCUACCUCCGAGUUGUCCACACUGGAACAUACCGCGGCUGGUCAUUCAUCGCUGGCAGUGUUCAGUGUCUCCAUGUUCGCCAUCACCAGCGGUAUAUUUUCCUGACCUUUGACCUACUGUACCAUUCGUGAAUGAGCCCCAGUGCUGCUCGUGCUGUGCCCAUGUCCUCCUGCUACCUGGUAGCAGGUCCUCCUAAGCCAAAGCUGAUGAUUUGUGUAUUACUGCUGAUGCUGUAGGCUGCCAAACGUUCCCCACAUCUGUAACAGUAUUUGUUUACAGCACACAUAGAUGUUUCAGAGCUCUUUACCCAUCACCUGGCAGUUCCAAUGACACGCUUGUAUUCUAACUGGUGUUGUAGAAGUGAAGGGGAAAGCAGCAGUAAUACUCUCUAAGACAUCAGUGGAAUGUAUUUGGUGUUGUGGGUUUUAAGAAAGUGUGUGUGAGAACACAGACAGUGCACAAACCCUCUCAGUGUGACAUUUGUAUGAUUAGUUUCGACCUCCAUUUAGACAGUUGUAGUUGUCCGUCCUGUACAUUCCUGCCCUUCACUAUGACUUCUAUGCGCUACUAUAUUGUGGUAUUGAAAAGCUGAAUGUGUCUCUGCUGAGAAGUGAUUCCCUUGUAUAAGAUCAGUCUAUUUUGUUACUGUUGUAGUUGGCACAGAGUACUUUUUACCCACUACUCCACUAAACGUGGAAACGUUACUGGCCCCCCCCUCCCCUCCCUCCCUGAUAGUCUUUCUGCUUCCUUGUAUAAUCUUGCCACAUAAAUAUAUUUAAUAAUUUAUAUAAGUUAUGAUAACCGUGAGUACAUUACUUGUCCCCCGUAGUGGCUAAAUAGUUUUCACGUUCUAAGCUUGAAGUUGAAGCGAUAUACAUAAGUCAUUGUUCAGGCUGUGUGUGAAAAUAAAGCUUUUUUCAUGUG